UUGACAGUUUUUUUUUAAAAUGAUGUGAAGUGUUGGGUUUGAUAGCUUGGGUCCUGAAGAAGGGGCUUUGUGUGUGUGUGCGCGCGCGUACACGUGCGCGCGUGGGUGAUACGCAGCUGAUGCGCGCCUGUGUGUGCGCGCGUGUGCGUGUGGCAGCUGAUGCGUCUGUGGGGGAUAGGGAUGGGCGAUACCAAUGAUUUGGAUUCGAUCCAAUACCAAGUAUUUCCUGCCCAAAAAUACCCGAUAUCGAUCCGACAUCGAUACCGGAAGUGUAAAUCCCGGAUAAAAUAUAACAAUUUAAAUGCAGUGGCAUUCUUGCUCUUGGAGAGUCAUUUAUUGAAUUUUGUAGAAAAAAGUAUUACGUCAUGUACAUUAAUUAUUAACCUUUUUAGAAAAACAUUAGUGGAAGAUGCAUAUUAAUAGUAUAACUAAUUAAAAGGAGCUAUUCUUUACUUUUCUCACUCUCUCUCUGUUGUUGGGAAAAAGUUUUGUCUUUUAGUAUAUUGUAAAAAGAGACAUGGUACCAAUAGAGAUGCAGGGCUUAAUCGUCAUGAGCAGCAAAACUAUCGAUUUGUUAAACCACUGGAUACUUACAUUUAAUAUUGUAAUACUUUAGUGUUGUUUAUAGGAAGUGGAGUUACAAAUAAAACGUAUGGCGUUCGACCACAAAUUGAAAAGGGGAAUACUUUAUUUAUAAAUGACUGACUAAAGUGCAGUAAUUAUUGCUUCAAAUAGCACAUCAACCACAAAUGCUUACAAUUUUUGGUUAGCACCUGAUACCUGGAUAUUAGGGGUGUAACCAUACAUUGAUACACAUCGAUUAAUCGAUAUAAUGCUCUACGAUUUAUUGGCAUCGAUGCUAAACGUAAACAUCGAUUUAUAUCGCCGUGUUUGACUUCGGACAUUAGACGCGACUUUAUUUUGAAAUCCAGUUCAUUGUUGCUUGCUUCCUCCUUCCGUGAAAGGGGAGUCGACAACGAGUACGCGGCUCCUGGGCUGGUGCUAUGGCUAGUGUCCAAAAAGACGAGGAAAUUUGCUACCUUUUAGGCUUCAAGUCAUUCGUUUGGAAGCACUUUGGAUUCCAAAGAAAAGAUGGCUCAACCGGCAAGACACGUGCAGUUUGUAAAUCCUGCCAUGCGGUGAUCAAAUAUUCAGGGACCACAAAUCUCGCCACACAUUUAAAGAAAAAACACGACAUCAAAGUUCAGUGUUAAAAUAAGCACGUUGUAUACUGCAAUACUCUUGUAAUUUCCUAAAUAAAGAGUUUGCAGUACCUUGUUGAUUUUGCGAAUGAAUUGUUAUAAAUCAGGAUAUUGUUCUAUAUUUUUUAUUAAAAAAAAAAAAAUGGAUCGUAGAGCACUAUAUCGCGAUAUAUCGUGAAUGAAUCGCAGCAGGCUUUAAGAUAUCGGCAAAUAUCGUAUCGUAGUUCUUUGUAUCGAUAUUAUAUCGUAUCGUGACAAAACCCGCGAUUUACACCCCUACUGGAUAUGUCUUGCCUUUCUGAAACGCUGCUUCUAAGGUACUUUGGUACCUUAGCCUCGGUGUGGCUGCAGGGUUUUCCGUCGCUGCCUUAGUGUCUGCGGCACGUUUCAAUUGCAGCUCCUCAUGAACCGUGGGGUGAAUUUUACUUAAAUGUUUUGUUAAGUUUGUGGUGUUGCCACAAUAUUUAAUCGUUUUGUGACAUAUUUCACAUCUUGCCUCGUUGUCAUUAACUAAAAUAUAAUACCUCCAAACCAGACUUCUCUUACGUUCGGACUGGGCCGCCGCCGUGGCCAUGCUUGUUUGUGUUCGGAUUGGAACGGGAGGCGGAGGAGGAGGGCUUGGCUUGUGAGAAAAGGGGGCGGGAGCAGAACAGAGCAGGACACGCCGGUGCAGCAGGCGGAAGGAAAAGUAGUGCUAGCAUGAGUGCAAGUUGUCAAAUUGGAGCAGAAAAAAAGGAGGAAAAAUAUAAUUAAAUAAUUGUAAGUAUCGAUAUUUUAGCUAGGGAGAUUGAUACUCAAAAAUCAGCAGCCUGGAUCGAUAUAUCGAUAUUUUAGUAUCGAUCCGCCCAUCCCUAGUGGCGGAUCCCCUUAUUGUUCCUCUGCCUGCACACUUCAUGCUUGCACGUCGUGUCGUACAUUUAAAAUCCUUCCGUCGGUCUGUCGGUUUAAAUGGAAUGUGUGCCAAUUUCUUAUCAAUUGGGAGGCGUUAAUGCACUAUUGUGAUUACAGUAGAGUAAGUAAAUGUAGCCCACGUGGCCUUUUGGGAAAUCUAUUUGGCUAGCAGAGAAGUUUCCAUUUGGUGAGUGAGAGCUCUCGCUGCGUCUGAGCGGCCGUGUUUCAGCUGAUGCGCUUCGUCACUCCGUCGACGCUUCGCCUCGCCACCGGGAGACAAUGCUCUCGGCCUCCUUUACCGUAUUACCUUUGGGUCCUCAGAACACACUUGGGGACGUUUGUCUGGGGACCAAUUGGGUGUAAUAUGUCUUGUCUCCACCGUGGGAUAGUAGUAAACGCAAUUUCGAUCUCUUUGUAUGUCUUGACAUGUGAAGAAAUUGACAAUAAAGCAGACUUUGACGUCACUUCUCAGUGGCCGCCGCGCAUUUAAAUGUAUGAGGCUCGGCCGACCCGUGGGUUUAGCCUGCGAACCAGCCUGCGCAGGUUUCCUCGUCUUCCGCUACAAAUCGCCUCGGCUCGGUGCUUGUACGUAAACGUGAGUCACUUCUGGCUUUUUUUUCGCUCGUGUGCUGGUUGCAGGCGGUGAGUGUGGGUGGCGUCCGGUUCUUUCGCAUUCCGGGAAAUACCAACAUAAACGGUUAGCGCCUCCUGGGAUGUGAGACAUGGAGCAUGUACGGUUUAGCUUGCGGGUGCAAGGAAACUUUGUUUUGUUUUUAGAUAUUUUCAGAAGCAACACAGUUGUAGUCAGCGGAAUUAAAGCGAGACAUCUUGCGUUGCUUGAUGAGGGAAUGUCAGAAGACCAGCUCGCCUGAUACGAAUGGGACCAAAACGCUACGAUGUAAGAUUUGAGAGACUGAGACGCCAGACGGCACCUUUCAGUGAGAGCGGAUCGAUAGGAAGUCCAUAUUAUAUAGGCAAUUCAAGCUAUUGCUUGGACGUUUUCUGCAGCAUAUCCAUUCAGAGGAAUUUGAGCCGACCGUAGAAACCAGUGUUGGUACUUGACGCAAGAGUAAAGCUGCCAAUGUGAACUUUUUGACUGCCUUCUGAUGUACUCGCCUUCACACGUACUUGGACCUCAAUGCGACAACAUUUUUCCCAUCAUGCCACGGGCUUUUGACUUGUGCAUGUGUGAGUCAAAAGGCAUUUUUUCAAAUGAUUUGGCCUGCCUUCUGUCAAUAUGUACGAAAAUAGGUCCUGCUCACAAAUAGGACUUUGGAGCAACACAAGACGCAAGGAUUUGCGAAUGGUCCUCGCGGUGAGCGUUGAGGAUCGUUGAUUUUCGGGCAACAGCAAAGCCGCGGCCGCCAUGCCCAUCCUGAAGCAACCGGCGUCUGGCUUCUCCCAGAAGAAGCGGCACUCCCGCAGCAACCUGAGCCGGGAGAUGAUCAGCGCGCCGCUGGGUGACUUCCGCCACACCAUGCACGUGGGCCGCAGCGGCAACGCUUUUGGAGACACCUCCUUCCUGGGGACGCGCUCAGGCCAGCCCACCACUGACUCGGCCUCCUUCCCCGGCUCCCCCCGUCCGGGAUUGCUGUCGCGCGCUUUCCGCAGCAGCAAGCGCUCCCAGUCCACCACCCGCGUGGACCAGCAGCGAGAGCUGUCCCUGCUGCUCUCAGAAGGAUCGUCUCCUCAUGUCAAGAGCGCCAUGUCUUUGCCCUUCCUCAACGACGAGGACGGAGGCCAUGGCACGGCGGCCGAGACUCUGUCCCCGGGUCCUCUAAAGCGGCUUGGCGGAAGCGGAGCCGCCGCUGCGUCGGCCGCCGGGAGUCGCUUCCCGGAGCAGGUGGAGCCAGGUUCUGAGGAACUCCCUGAAAGGCGCGGAAUGAAGCAUGCCGAGUCGGUCACAUCCUUCCAGGUGGACCUGGGCCCGUCCAUGCUGGGGGACAUCCUGGUUGUGAUGGAGAAGGAGGACGUUGACGUCGAGCAAGACAAGGGUGGCGAGGUCCGUACCUCCCCACUGCUCGGCGCCCACCAUGAAGACAACAGGAGGAGUAUGACGGUGCUGGAGAAAGAGGAGGAAGCGUGCUGGAGGACUGAGAUGGGAGCGCCCCACAGCGGCCGCCGCACCCCGGAGUUCCUCCCCAAACACUCACGGCACCCGGAUAGCCGCUCCGUGUCGGGCUCGGCGGCCCGCUUGUACUCAGCCGACAAGGACAGCACCAGCUUCAGCGCCCCGCCUGAAGAGGAGAGCCACUUCUCGUCCUUCUUCAACGACGAAGAUGAUGAGAUCCGCGUAUGAGGAAUGCGACCAACCCUCGAGAGCGGCCGUCGCGAGCAACCUUUUUGUCUCCUCGGACUCUUUGAAUACGGAACAUUCCAGAAGAGGGCCUCCGAGAACAGAAAGGAAAAAAACGAGCCAGUAUUUGAUGUCACCGUGCCUCACAGUUGAGCGCGCAUCUGGGUAUCAUGUUCGAACCUCUGCUUGGACGCAUUUUCUACCAAUCCAAUUUUAGUAAGUCGCUUCAUAGCCAUUGAGCGGCUCGUGCAAACGAUUAAAAACUGGGGUGCCUGUAUCAGAGCCGAAUGUCACCCUGACUCUGUCACGGUGAACCCCCACACACACACGCAGACACACACAACUAUUAACUUUACAGACAUUGAGUAACUCUAUUGCUAACCAAAACAGCAACACCUUCCAAAACACGUCCCCAGCGAAUGAACGUCUUGAAUGAGGAUGAUGAUGAGGUAAUGAGGGUGUGUCCCCGUUAAUUUGCCCAACUUCUUUGUAGCUGUCAUGUUCAAGGGCACAUCGGCCGCAAUGGUACUGGCACCACGUAAGACAUUUUCCAGUAACUUGGUGCUACUUUUAGUUAGUAUAACUUGGUGCUACUUUUAGUUAGUGUAACUUGGUGCUACUUGCUCGCUGUGACUUGUCACUGUCUCUCAUUGUUGUCAUCAUCAUCUCGCUUCAGGCUCGCCAGCGGGCCCAAUGAAAUGCAAACCUGUCUUUGUUACUUUUGCUCUCGUCUCUAUGCAGAAGCAGCAAUAGAAAACAUUGGUGUGCAACUGCUGGAGUCAUCACAGUUUGAAUUUCGCGCCAUGUUUCCAAAAAUGCAACAAUUCCUUUUACCGUCGCCAUGCAAUGUGCCCAAAUGUUGUUGUUUCACCAACAUUGAAUGGGAGCGCGUCCCUUCCAAAUAGGUUUUACAUUCAACAGAGUCAUCGCCAAAUCACCCCAACACUUGGUACAUCAUUCAGGUUGUUUUAAGAUUUUGUCUCAGUGAAAACGGGACAUUUGUCUGAAGCCUUGGCAACUGCAGCUUUUUGUUGUUAUUGCAGUUUCCUGACGAAUGUGCCUGCUAGUAAGUAUGAGUUCGUGUACGCCAGGGGUCACCAACUUCAGUCCUCAAGGGCGCCAAUCCAGCCCGUUUUAGGUGCAGCCCUACAACAACACACCUGAUUCAAAUGCUCAGCUCAUCAGCAAGCUCUAUUAAGGCUGAUAGCGAUCCUGAUUAUUUGAAUCAGGUGUGUUGGAGGGGGGAUACAUCUAAAACAGGCUGGAUUGGUGCACUUGAGGACCGGAGUUGGUGACCCCUGGUGUACGCAGAGUGAGUUGCACCUGCUAAUCCUUACAAAUUGUUUGUUACUCUUUAGCACGACCUUAAUUCCAGUCAUAUGUUUUUUUUAUCUGUGUCCCAGCAAAAUCCAGCUUCUAACCAUUGCUAUGUUGAUGUGAUCUCAGUCCCUCAGUGUCACAAAAAACGUGUGGCGGCCAACUCAUUCAGUCAUGAUUAGAAACGUUAGUUUAGGGUUAAAUUCCUGGCUACGCCUCUGACUGUCCUUUACCUGUCAGCUGCUCUGAGCUAGUACUGGGACUUCUUUCUGAAGCACCAAAACUGGCAAUAUUUCCACCUUUGCAUAGGAAACAUAGACGUAUAUUUUAAUAUUAAUUUAGCCAGGGCCAGUUACAAAGUUUAGAGUAGUGGUCACCAAACUACGGCCCGCGGGCCGGAUACGGCCCACGGGACCGUUAAAUCCGGCCCGCCAACCCUGAACAAAUUGUAUUAUUAAACUUUUUUUUUUGGUCAUUUUGCCUGCAAUGACUGCGUUUCCCCAGUAGAUGGGGAAGCGCUCGCCUGCGCAUUUACUACCGGAAGCCGUGUCAGAAAGCUCGGUGCACACUCACAAGUGCGUGUACGUACGUGGCGCACUCGCGCUCUAUUUGUAUCAGUCCCGAAUUUAGAGCGUGGGCUGUGACGACAGCAUUCUUAUAAUUCGCGCGCUGAGCUUUCAGAUGCAGUUUUGCGUUAAAGCCACCCACAAACCUUCCCCUGGAAUCCUUCCAUUAAAAUGAGUCGCCCAAGGAAAAGCAAGGUGGACACAGUGCCGAGCGCUUAAAAGAGAGUGGCCAAUUUGGCUCGACGUACGCGACGUGACGUUCAGCCACAUGAAUGUCAACAUCAACCCGUCACAGAUCGAGGUAAACGGACCAACAAAUACGUAACUUUUCGGCAUUUGCAUCCUCCUCCGGUGCCUUUUUUUGUGCCUCUCCGCACCACCUACCCUCUUCUUUUUACCACGUUCGAAGUCCAUUAUUCUCACUUGCACCCAGAGGCGUAGCCAGGAAUUUUUCCAGUAGGGGCGCACGCCCACAGGAAAAAAAAUCUAUCAUCACCCACGGCGUUCGCUGAUCGCUAAAACAACAUCCGGGUCCGGGAGGCAAACGGUGAAUGGAUAACAUCGCGCACAUUGAAUAGCGCAAGCACAUUCGCGCAAGACCGAAAGAAAAAAACGGCAUGAAAAUGAAGAAUCGAAAAAGCUCGAUUUUUUUUCAACCGGGGCGCAGGGAGUCCUAACCGGGGCGCCGCCCCGGCUCGCCCCGGCUUGGCUACGCCUCUGCUUGCACCGCUUGCUAGCUACAGCAGCCGGCACCUGACAUAGUAACACACCCCUUCUUCCACACGCGCUCUGUGUGGUAAAUACGGACUGUGGGGGUGGGUGUUAAUUGAUAUAAACCAAUUGUCUUUCCCUCCUCACAUGCUCCUGGCCUGAGUGGCCUGGCUUGUGUCUCUAAUAGACGAGACGCCGCACCAGCAGACUUAGAAAAAAAAAAAAAAGGGGACGCAGAGAGACUCAGGCCAAUCCUAGGCCGGCGCUUCGGGAAUACUCCCGGUUCUCCCGAUGGUCAGUCCGGGCGUGCCUGGUAGGUUGAUUGAGUACUCCAAAUUGCCUGUAGGUGUGAGUGCGUGUGCGUUGUCCGUCUCUGCGUGUCCUGCAAUUGGCUGGCAACCGGUUCAGGGUGUCCCCCGCCUACUGCCCGAUGACUACUGGGAUAUACUAGGCUCCAGCACGCCCGCAACCCCCCUGGGGACAAGCAGUACAGAUAACAAAUGGCUGGACGAAUGGUUUUCUCGGAUUAUUUUUUUUUUACAUUGAGUAUAUUGGCCACCGCAAUAGCUGGAUGUUUUUUAUGAAACCUGGAAAAGGAUUUAUGCAGCUUUUUAACAGCUAGCUAGCUUUGAGUUAUCAACACAGCUACCUAGCUAGCUCUGAGGAGCCAAAAGACCCCACAACUAUCAAAACACAUCAAUGAUAUAAGAUGGAUGACAUAAUCGUCCUUGACAUUGGUACAUAAUGUAAACAUUAGCCUAAGUGCAACUCAACGUGCGACUCACUCACUGAGCGACUCGCUCGCUGAGCGACUCGCUCGCUGAGCGACUCGCUCGCUGAGCGACUCGCUCGCUGAGCGACUCACUCGCUGAGCGACUCACUCGCUGAGCGACUCACUCGCUGAGCGAUUCGCAUUUUCAGUUCACCAUGAGAACGAAUCAGUGAAGGAACGAUACCUGUCUUUCCCGUUCGCGAACGAGUCAAUGAGUGAACUGCCUUCCUGUACAUCAACGGAUCUGUCAGUGAAUAUGUUGCGUCUCCUGGCGUGAACUAUGUAAGCCAGAAUGUAGAUUUUCCAUCCAUCCAUCCCUUUUCUGAACCGCUUAGUCCCCACGGGGUUCGCGGGUGUGCUGGAGCCUAUCCCAGCCGUCAACGGGCAGUAGGCGGGGGACACCCUGAACCGGUUGCCAGCCAGUCGCAGGGCACACAGAGACAAACCACCAUUUGCACUCGCACUCACACCUAGGGACAAUUUGGAGAACUCAAUCGGCGUACCAAGCAUGUUUUUGGGAUGUGGGAGCAAACCGGAGUGCCCGGGGAAACCCACGCGGGGAGAACAUGCAAAUUCCACACAGGAAGGGCUGGAGGUAGAAUCGAACCCUAACUGUGAGGCGGACGUGCUACCCAGUGCGCCACCGAGCCGCCAACGUAGAUUUACGAUUUACUUAUAGAAGGUUUUAAAUAACGUGUAUGCAUAUAUAUGCCUAAAUGUUGUUAUCCAAUAUAUCGACUGCAGUUUCACAUUAGAUUGGUGGUUUGAGAUGUACUUUUAUUAUUAUUAUUACAGUUUUUUUUCCAUGUAUAAUGCGCCCCCAUGUAUAAUACGCACCCUAAAAAUGGCAUGUCGAUGCUGGAAAAAAGCCUGUACCCAUGUAUAAUACGCACCCAAUUUUUAUGAAUUAUUUUUUUUUAUUUUAUUUAUUUAUUUAUUUUUCCCCAAUGAUCGUCACACACGCAGGGAGGCAAUGGGUCCAAUUUUUAUAGUCUUUGGUAUGGUCUUAACUAGGCUGGAUGUAAUUUUUUUGUUGGCGUUGAUUUCUCCGACUGCCCGUAAAGGCACCACCGCGCUCAGUGCGCACAUGUGAAAAAGGCGUGCGGACGUGAAAAAGGCGGCUCUGUAUGGGAGAGACGUUGAAGAGGAAUAAAAACACCCUUGGAAACCAAAACUUGCCCCUCGUCGUGACUCGGAGCCGCAACAAAUGUUUCGGAUUUGUGUAGGGUACAUUGUGACAGCAAACGAGCAGGUGAUCGAGCAAGCGUCUGAUACGAGAGCAUUGCGGUCGUUUGCUGUCACAAUGUACCCUACACAAAUCCGAAACAUUUCUUCGCUAUUGAGUUUGCUAGCGCAUGCGCAGUGAUACUGACCAGCAGAAUAACGUCCGGUUGUUCCCAAAGAUGAUCUUUUUUCUGAAAUAAUUUUACGUUUACGGACUUAAGAGUCAAAAUUUGGGUGCGUAUUAUACAUGGGUACAAACUUUUUUCCAUUUUACAUGGGGGCGCAUUAUACAUGGAAAAAAACGCUAUGUGUUUUACGUUGUUAUAUGAGUUGGUGUCCCCAAAAUUAACAAAUGUCGGCAUAACGGUUUUUUUCAACUUCCCGUUCACGACCGGGUGAGAGACUGUUGCCAACGGAUCAGUGUGUAAGUGUUGUAUUAUAGAAAGAAAUGUGUUAAUUACCCGAGCCAAUUAUUAUUAUACAUAAUAAUUUAGGGGGCGGGGUGUAGUUGUACUGUUUGAUGUGUAUGGGUUGUUUCCACUGGAUGUUGUAAAAAAAAUGUAAAAAAGCUAGAUCAGUGUGUUUGGGGGGGAUUCAUUGAGCGAUUCGUUUGAAUUAAUCUUUUGAGUGAACUGAUUCUAAAGAUUCAGUUCACCUAAAAAAAACUGGAAUGCACAUCACUAAAAAGUACACACUACUUCGUCUUCUGCUUCUUCUUGUUUUUUUCACGGUGGCGCACAAUUUAUGCACGUGUCUGCCCCUAGCGUUUCGAACGAAGCAAUACAAGAUUGUUCGUACAAAUUACAGCUGGUUUAGGGUUCAAUAUUUCAUAUUUGAUGGAUUUAAUUUUGGCAUCUAUAUAAGGUCUAUGGAAUAACCUAAAUAUUGUCUUCUAUAUCAGGUUACAGAUAUAACCACACUUCACACGGCUCUUGGUUGUUUAAAACAAAGCAAUGCAACAUCUGUACAUUAUUUGUACAACUUAUAGCUGGUUUAGGGUUUAAUAUUUCAUAUUUGAUGGUGGGGACAAGUGGUAUAGAAAAUGGAUGGAAAGAUGGAUGGAUUGAUGGGUUGAUGGCUGGAUGGAAGGAUUGAUAGCUGGAUGGAUAGAUGGAUGGAUGGAUUUAAUAUUAGUUAUAGAAAUAACCACACUUCACACGGAUCGGUGGUUGUUUAAAACAAAGCAUCACAACUUCUGUGCAUUAUGUAUAUGUUAGGGUUUGCAGAAUAUCUUCAUCGUAUGAUUAUGUCGGAAUGUAACCUGUAAUAAUUUAACUAGCUUGUCCUGUCUAGACAAAAGUAGUUGACCAAAGUGCUAAGAUCUUUUCAACUGAUUGACUAGACGCAGAGGAAGCAAUCAAAGUUGCUUUGUUUACAGAAAGUCGCAAAAGGCCCCUUGCUAUGCUUUGAUCAGCAGGGGAGCGUCUUCACCCUAUCCAGUGUGUUCCCACACCCACACUUUCAACCCCACUCUGUUUCUCUCAAUAAAUAUGCACCUGAAAAGGCCUGAGUCAGACUUCAUUCGACCAUCGCUGUAAGCACAGCGACGAGUGAACUCUCCGCCUGCAGGUGUCUAAAACGACUAACUUGUCUCCAGUGUGGUUCUUUCUAAAAUAAGUUAGAGUGAGCACCACCCUAACAUUUUGGUGCCGAAACCCGGGACGCUCAUACCCGCCAUCUGGCUGACGGAGGACGACACGCUGUACACCGUCGAUGGGCCAGCGUCCAUUAGGAGGACCUGGUAAAGAAAGACCUGGGAAGGAAAUUCUUCGCUGGGCCAGCAUCUUAGGUCUGCCUUCGUCUGUCAGAGGUGGAUUGACGGGGACCCGGCAGUGCAGCUGACCAAGGGGACAAGUAAGUCAUAGAAAAAAGCGCUGAUACGGCUUUGAUUUGUCCUAGCUAUGAGAUACGGCUUUGGUUUGUCCAAGCUAUGAGAUACGGCUUUGGUUUGUCCUAGCUAUGAGAUACGGCUUUGGUUUGUCCUAGCUAUGAGAUACGGCUUUGGUUUGUCCUAGCUAUGAGAUACGGCUUUGGUUUGUCCAAGCUAUGAGAUACGGCUUUGGUUUGUCCAAGCUAUGAGAUACGGCUUUGGUUUGUCCAAGCUAUGAGAUACGGCUUUGGUUUGUCCUAGCUAUGAGAUACGGCUUUGGGUUUUCCAAGCUAUGAAACAGCUGGGAUUCUAGUCCCAGUGGAAGGAACGGGCUAAGAAAAAUAAAAUAAAAAUAAUUUCUUUCUCCUAAUUGAGGAAGGGCGUAGGUUCUUUUUUUUUUGUCCGUUUUUCCAAGCUGUUUGCAUGAAAUUUGUGUGGUUGAAUUGACUGGUAGGAUAAAUUGACUGCAAAGAGAAUUUGGUGGAAGGUCGAUUUAAACCUGCAUUGAGGAUCCUCAAAGAAAAGAAAAAAGAAAUAAAAAAUUGUAUAAACCUAAAAUACCAAAUAAGAUGGGAAAUAAAAACGGUAAAUCCCUAGCUCUUGACGGAGAUGAGAAGUACAUGGUGAGUAAAUUUGUUAAUUGUAUGUUCCACAUGCCGAAGUGGAAGAAAAAGUAUGGAGUAGAAGGGAAGUUGAAAGUUUAAGUGUGGAAGAUAGUGGUUGAUGUUUUGGAGGAGAGUGUAGAUAGGACGACAAAGGGACAGAAAAAGAAAAGGAAAGAGAGAGAGUUGAAUUGUGCUAGAAUGUGGUUGAAUGCUUCGCAAGAGAGAAGAGAACAAAUCCAAAAGACAAAAGAUAGAAAGUUGAAAAGUGAUGAGGCUGCGUCUAUGUUUGUCAGGCCGGAAGACAAUGAGGCCACAGUGCGCAGGCGCACUGUCCCGGCCACGGCUCCAGCCGCAGCUGGGAAUGCAGCUCAAGCGCAGCAAGAGGGAUCUUCCGCUCGUAUGCAAAACUUGUAUCCAGGUUUAACAGACCUGCACCCUCCCCCAUAUAACAGAAAAAAAAGCCAGGGUCACAUUGCUAGAAGUCCUGUACAAACAAGAAGUUUGACCACUGCUGCUAGGUUUUCCCAAAAUUUGGACAAUGUUGAUGUGUGCCCAAUGAUACAGGUGCCAAACCCUAUUGUAGGGGAAGGCCAACCUCCACAUACGUAUGUUCUUCGGCCAUGGACUUUGGAAGAGGCAAGAAAAGCAGUUGAAGGUGUUACCCCUGUUGCUGAAGACCCAGAUAAAUGGGCAGAAGACAUGGCUGGAAUCAUACAUUCCUAUAGACUGAAUGGGCAUGAGGCAGGAGAAGCUGCAAUGUCUUCUUUGGGAAAAGACUGGGCAAAGGUUAGAGGUCAUUAUACACUUGGCAAGAGCGUGUCGUUUUGCAAGACAAAACCAAUCAAAGGGUGGGGGAAGGGGCAGAGGAAAAGUCACAUUUACAGCAUGACAAGCUUCCUCCACUUUGACCCCUCAUGCUCAUGCAGAGAAAGAAGUAACAGAUGUCCAUAUGACAGCAGAACAUGUCAUUGUCAGAUUAUUAGAAAGUUUUUUAGAUUAUUAGAGCUCCUGUCCAUACGAGAAGUAUGGCAAUGCUGUUGUAUGCCCAAUGACAAAUGACCAGAGAUCAAAUUGUGUGUGUACACUGAAGUUAAAAUUUGCAAAUCAAGUGGUAAAUAAAUGCAACUUGCUUCGAGAAGAUAAAUGAAAAAUUAGAAUGUGCUGUCCUCGCGUGCGUGGGAGGGACUAGCUCAUGAUCGACCACAGGAAAUGGCCAGCCUGUGACGAAUCAUUGGUGCUGGGAUCUACCUUACAUGCGCGAGAGCUGUGCAUGUGUGUUAAAAUGAUGAAAUUUGGCUAAACUUUUAGUAUAAAGAAAUUUGCUAGACUGUGGUCUAUCCAAUUUGCACCGCAGAACAGAAACAAUUGAAAGAUAAGAAUAAGAGGAAAGGAGAGAAAUAUGUUUGCGAGCAGAAACUGAUCCACACUAGUGCAUGUUAAGUAAGAAACGACAGAACAUGCUUUCAGGAAUUGGAAGAAUCAAAAUUGUGAAUUUAAGACAUUGACAUUUAGUAGAAAUAGUUGACUGGUUGUGUUAUAAGAUUAUACAAACUUCUAUAUGCGAGCUGAACCUGAGAGAUUGAGUUCUUCAAAUUUAAAAACAAAGAAAAAAUUCUGAUUAAUUUGCCAGCAAUUUUUUCUUUUUUCGUGUGUGUUGAGUUUUUUUGGAUUGGUGGAUUGUUCUAUCAGGAAAUGCUUAGAAAGAGGAAAAGAAAAAAAAAACAGACAAAAGAAAAUUAAAGGUUGCUUUUGGAGUGAUAAUUAACUAGAGACAAAACUGGAGAACCAGUAACACAUGCAGAAGAUGUGUGAACUGGGAGAUUGAGAAGCGUUUUGAAAAUUGGAAGAUGAUUGAAAAAUGACUGAAGAAGCUAUGAGGAAGUGGUGUACGUGUUUGGAAGGGCACGCGCUUAGGCUAAUCAACAUUUGUUGGACUGAUCAAAGGAACCAUUUGCUACAGGACUUAACAUCCAUUCCCCCAGCCCAGAUCCGACAAAGACCAGAGAAUCUCCUCUAAAACAGGAGGCGAUAAAUGGGAUAGCCCCUGUCAUAAAUGGUCUUUGGUUAGGGGGAAUCAUUAGGAAGUGCUCAAACUCUUCUCGCAAACACCCCUAUCUGCCCAGUUCAAAAGGGCAAUAAAAUUGACUACAGGAGUUGCAAAGAACAGGCGAAGAACAGUCCUUGACCUGGCAUUUGCGUUUGGCGGUUGUCGAUGUGGUUCCAAGACCUGUCUUGAGGUUUGUCAUUUGUAAAAUUUGGCCGUUGUGAUCCUCCCAAACAGAAAUAAAUGAUUUGGGCUUUUGUUGUAAUUGGUUUGUGGAAGGAUUGCAGGAGCUUGCGCCUCCAGUGUCUCACCUGUGCCUUCCUGCCUUCCAUUGUCUCCACUGAGACUGGACUGUGGAAGGGGGAGUGUGGUAUUGUGGUGUGAAAAGGCUGUGGGAGACGGCUCCUGUGGUGUUGCACAUGGACCGUUCUGUUCCAUUGUCUCCACGGAAGUUGGAAGGUGAGUGGGGUGAUUGGUAUUGUAAUUUGAUUGUGGGGGAGACUGAUGUAGGUGUGGGGCUCUGGACUCUGCGGGUAGCUAUUUGCUGGGUUGGCGCGGGUGGGGGACGACGGCAUUGAUUGUCCCAGUACUAGCCGGGCUGGGAUAAAUCAGUAUGGAAAUGCCGGGCGCCCCCCUCUUACUUCCCUUGCUGUGGCUGCGCGCGGAAUGGAGUCGUACCCACUCCAGGUGUGUGCUGAGGGCGUGAUAGCAAGUGAGAUUACGGCAGGAUGAUGGAAGAAUGAAUGAGGACAGACAGGGAAUGCAUGUACGACAUGGGAUGUGCACGGCUGUAACUGAGGUCUGGUGGACUUCAAUGUCUGCCUGCUCACGGCCAUCAUAAAGUUAAAUGUUGUGGGACAGGGGUUGAGAUGUGAUGGUGAAUGAAUGGGUGCCUUUGUGUCUGUUAGUUUGUACGUGUGUGCGCGCAUAUAUGAAUGGCCUAGGUAGGUUGAUGUGGAGGCGACGUGAUCACAAUUGAAGAUAAGAUCCCUCUCGCCUGUCAGUGUAGUACGAAUUGAGAUGAAUAGGAUUCGAUGAUUACUCAGGGGCACCAUUGACGUCAAAUGGUUCAAUGGAGAAGGCCCGUUUCCUGUGGCUGGACAAGACAGGACCAUCUAGUCCAGCUGGGAUGGGUAUGAUAAUGUGUCCGGGACACCUUGCUGGUCCUUUUCGCUCCCCAACGACGCUAUUGACACAUUACGUCAGUGCUUCUCAAAUAGUGGGGGGCACGGUGCUAUACCUGGGGGGGCGCGUGUGACCCUGGGGAACAGGCUUUUUUUUUGGCAGUACUAGAAUAAAGUGUAAUUGCGAAUCUUCACAGCAGGGGGCAGUGGCGCUCUCAUUGUUACUUCUGUGACGUUUGCGACAGUGCAACAUUUUACGACUUACAAGACAAGUUAGGAUAGUCACGGUGGGGAAGGGGGGGCGCGAAUAGUUUUCUUCUUGCUGGGGGGGGCGUAACAGAAAAUAAUUGAGAAGCACUGCAUUACGUGAAUGUGUCAAAACGGUGGGGGAGUAGAAUAAUUUAAUCUACUGUAAGAUUCAAUGUUUUGUCAAAUGUAAUUGUUUUUGGAGUCUUAACAGGACACGUAAGAAUUCAACACACAGUGAUGAGAGGAGCAGAAGAAACAUCUCGAAUGAGCCCAUCUCCCAUGCCGUCCGGCUGUCCGGCAAAGGAGAUACGUGGUAUCAUCUGUCCCAGUGCGCCCCGGUAAAGGUUUCCUGCAAGGAACCAAAUCCGCCAUCAACAGCGUCCCCGCCCCCAGUACAAACAGAGACAGAAUAAUCCUCUUCCCCCUUGGUGGCCAGGUAGUCCACCCUGAGCCACUGAAGACAACGACCACGCAGCAGAUAUUUCCAAGUUCUUCCCGGACGGAGCAGAUCUGCGAAGGGGGUGAGAAUCGUGCUCACCCUCCACCAGUGGGCGUGCCAAGCCCCCAACGGCUGAACAAUCACGAGCAAUUUUUAUCUUGAUUGAUAACAUUCUGGUCGCCUAAGGCAGAGGGACCGUGUAACUCUUUUCCUGCAUUUAAUCUGGCCGCAGGUUUUUAAGUUACACACAUACUUUGGACUGGAGUAUUGAGGGAAAACCUCAUCUUCACUGGAAGUUAUUGCUUUCAUUGUAUUUUCUUACUUAUGUUUGCCUGAUCGGGGUUGACAUAAUCAUAUGAUAAAACAGGAGGGAUAUGUUUGGGUUUGCAGAAUAUCUUCAUCGUAUGAUUAUGUUGGAAUGUAACCUGUAAUAAUUUAACUAGCUUGUCCUGUCUAGACAAAAGUAGUUGACCAAAGUGCUAAGAUCUUUUCAACUGAUUGACUAGCUUUGUUUACAGAAAGUCGUAAAAGGCCCCUUGCUAUGCUUUGAUCAGCAGGGGAGCGUCUUCACCCUAUCCUGUGUGUUCCCACACCCCCACUUUCAACCCCACUCUGUUUCUCUCAAUAAAUAUGCACCUGAAAA